GUUUUUAUUUAAAAAAACCUGAACGUUUCUACCAUUUUUCAUUUGUCACAAAUCUCCUGUGUGAAUGAAGCAGUAAAAUCUGCAUCAGUGAUACUAGAAACGACAUGUCAACACUUGGCUCUAGACUAAAGAACGUUCACACGUCUGUCGAUCGACAAAUUUGUCAUUAUCCGCAGGUCAACGUUCCCCUCCUUCCUCCUCCUUCCCCUUAAUUUCCUGUCGCAGCAUCAGCAAUAGGGGUGGCGGCAGCAGCAGCAGCAGCGGCAGCGGCGGCGGUGGUGUCCGUAAACCCCGUGUUUGCGUAGAGAAUACCCAGCAUGCCUUUGACCUUGACAGGUCAUUGGUGUAUAUGUGUGUGUGUCAAGGCAGCUUUCAGGUUGAGCAGAGCUGGAGGUUAAUCACACCAACACUGAGCUCACAGAGGAUUAUACAGAUAAAAAAAGAGAUAAAAAGAAAGAAAAUUUAAAUAAAAAUUGAAGUGGGAAUAAAACAGGAGGAGAAGGAGAAGCAGGUGGCGGUGGAGGAUAAUGAGGUGUCGCUGAUGUGGUGCAAACAUCAAAACCUGUGGAGAUGGGAAAUAAAUUUUAGUGCCAGUGAAACAUUAAAAACGGAGCAGCAGGCUGUGGUUUUUGAUUUAAUGGUUCUGUUCCAAAAUCCUGAAAAGUGUGAUUUUUUUUAUUUGAGUUUAUUUGAUUAUUUUAUGCCAAAAACGACACAGAUGAGGAGUCAGAUCCCCUCAGCCAGAGGUGUGAGUGAGACGUUUGCUGUGAUGUGUUUAUUACUGUGACAGUGGAGAAGGUGGAGGAGAAGGAAGGCUAAUAAAUCACCCAUCAUCCUUUGGUGCACGCUGUUUUAGCGCAUUUAAAUCUGGCAACAAAGCAGGAAUAAUGUUAUAAAUAAUAGAAAUAUCAAUGAGGAUAAAUACUGAGGAUCUGGAUUACAGUGGGAACAACAACAACAGCAGCAGCGGCGGCGUCGGCCCUGUCGGCGGUACACGCGACCUCCCGUCGUACAGGAAGAGAGGGAGAUUUAAAUAACGCACGCAAACGCACACGCACGCACGCACGCAAACUCCAACUGCAACUGAGCCGCGGUGUCGCGCCAUACGAGGAGGAAAACAGCGGAGAUGUUCGCUGCUGUUUCUCUGGUUCCUUCUCCUCCUGUUAUCAGGGAAGAAGCACAGAGGCUGUAGCCGCACCGAGACGCUCCCAGGCGGGGGACCUUCACCGCGACUCACCGCUGCAGCGGCGGAGCGGAUGGAAAGAUGUGACGCGCCUGUUUUUUGGGGGGAUUUUUUUUUCUCUCCUCCUUUCUCUCCUCCCAUUUCUCUCUCUGGAACGCAUGCAGGAGAUUCCAGUGUCCACACAGGCACACACACAUUUACACACACAGGCUGAGAACAGCUGAGAGACACAGCGGGGAUCAGAGAGGAUCCAGCCCGGCUUCCCCUCACUCUGCUCAGCAUGGCUGAGCUGCUGCAGCCCGCUGUCUGCCGCCUGUUGUUUCCACGCUCCUGAAGAGAAGGAGGAGGAGGAGGAGGAGGAGGAAGAGCAAGAGAAGGAGGAGACGGAAAACAUCACAUCACGCACGGUCAAAAUCACACGCACAAACACACACACUCCUGACGUUCCCACACACACGGACACGGACAUGGCUUUGUCUUAACACGCCGACCAUGACGCAUUGCUGUCAGGGCGCAGCGCAGCAGCGGCAGUGCCGCCGCCAACGCGGCACGGCGUGCAAGUAGACGCGCGGCGGAGCGGCAGAAGCAGGAGAAGAGAGAGAAGGUGGCGGUGGAGGAGGAGGCGGAGGAGGUGAAAGUCAGGGAGAAAUAAAUUGUUGCAGGAAGAUGGCGCCCACCAAGCCCAGCAUCCAGCAGCAGGACCCGACACGGAGAGAACGUGACCCCUACUGGGAGCGGUCGGCUAAUGCAGGCAGCUGCUCCGCCGCUCGGCCCAAGACUCUCCACCUGUCCGGCCAACAGCAGCACACCUCAUCGCCAUGGCUGCAGGCUCUGAGGAAGGAGAAGUCACGUGACGCAGCACGGUCGCGGCGUGGAAAAGAGAACUUUGAGUUUUAUGAACUGGCCAAGAUGCUGCCGCUGCCUGGCGCCAUCACCAGUCAGCUGGACAAAGCGUCCAUUAUCCGUCUCACCAUCAGCUACCUGAAGAUGAGGGACUUCGCCAACCAGGGAGACCCGCCAUGGAACCUACGCAUCGAAGGACCACCCCCCAACACCUCUGUCAAAGCUAUCGGUACCCAGAGGAGGAGGAGUCCCAGCGCCGUUGCCUCGGAGAUCUUCGAGCCUCACAUGGGAAGCCACAUUUUACAGUCUCUGGACGGGUUCGUAUUUGCACUAAACAAAGAGGGACGUUUUCUCUACAUCUCUGAGACGGUGUCCAUCUACCUGGGACUGUCACAGGUGGAGCUGACGGGCAGCAGCGUCUUCGACUACGUCCACCCUGGUGAUCACGUGGAGAUGGCAGAGCAGCUGGGAAUGAAACUGCCUCCAGGACGAGGGAUGUCUCUGUCACAGGGAGCCGUCAAUGAAGACGGAGCGUCCUCACAUUCAUCGUCCUCUCACUCUGAGACUCCUGAACCAGUGGAGUCCAGCAGCAGCCCCAGCCUCCUGUCUCCUGACAACACUCUAGAACGUUCCUUCUUCAUCAGGAUGAAGUCCACACUCACCAAGAGAGGAGUUCACAUCAAGUCGUCAGGAUACAAGGUGAUCCACGUCACGGGGCGUCUGAGAAUCAGGAUGGCGCUGACACACAGUCGCUCGGUGCCCAAUCAGAUCAUGGGGAUGGUGGUCGUGGCCCACGCACUGCCCCCGCCCACAAUCAACGAGGUUCGAAUCGACUGCCAAAUGUUUGUUACCCGAGUUAACAUGGACCUAAAGAUCGUCUACUGUGAGAACAGAAUCAGUGACUACAUGGACCUGACACCUGUGGACAUCGUAGGGAGGAGAUGCUAUCAGUUCAUCCACGCUGAAGAUGUGGAAGGAAUCAGACAGAGUCACCUGGACUUGAUGAACAAAGGCCAGUGUGUGACCAAGUACUAUCGCUGGAUCCAGAAGAACGGCGGCUACAUCUGGAUCCAGUCCAGUGCCACCAUUGCCAUCAACGCCAAGAACGCCAAUGAGAAGAACAUCAUCUGGGUCAACUACGUCCUCAGCAACCACGAGUACAAAGACACACCAAUGGACAUUGCUCAGCUGCCGAACCUGCCUGAGAAAACCUCCGAAUCCUCAGAAUCCUCAGACUCUGAGUCAGAGUCCAAAGAAAACUCAGACAAUGAACACACCAAGUCUGACGGGAAGCCAAGCCACCAAAUGGAACACAGAGGAGACCCAGAGGUGGAGAGCAAACAUCCACAGCAAAGUGGUCAACCACACUGCUCCACAGAACAGGAGAUGAAGCGUCAGGAGGAGGGAGACACUUCGAGUAACCCUGAAAGCCAAGACAGUGACGACAGUCUGGAACCUUCUGAUGGUGAGGGGGACGAGCAGGAGGAGGCCAACGGAGAUGGAGGAGUGAGGUUGGCAAGGCUUUCAGGAUUAGGAGGGUUAGGAGGUCUGAGUGCUAUUGGAGGACUUAGCAAUCUUGGUGGGCUUCAUAUCAAAGUUGAGCACUAUGGAGAAGGAGAGGAACUUCAGCUGCACAACUCCCCGUCAUCUUCUUCAGAAGAGGAGGAUGAUGAGGAGGAGGAUCAAGAGGACGACCAAGUCAUGCAGGACUGUGAUAGUGUGGACGCUGGAGGGAAACUCCGGAAGAAGCGGAAAAGGAGGAAAGUGCAGAAGUGGGAUGGAUCCCGAUGUCGGAGGCUUCGUUUGUCCUCAACAUCACCCAGUCCUGUCACAAUGGGAGACACAGCACCGCUGGUCAACCCGUCUCCACCUUCCUCCCACCUCCUUGCCUCUGCUGGUUCUCCAAACAGCCAGGGUGGAACCCCCUCCUCGGUCCUGAAGAUCAAGACCGAAAUUGCUGAGCCAAUUAACUUUGACAAUGACAGUAGCAUCUGGAAUUUCCCACCCAACCGUGAGAUUUCCAGAAACGAGUCACCGUACAGCAUGACCAAACCAGCUACUGCUCUGGGAACACAUGAAAAUUUCCCCUCACCCCAGGGAGGCUCGUUACAGGUCUCCAUCCCUGACUCUGUCCUAACACCUCCUGGAAAUGAGGGAGGAGCUGGAGGAGUGAGGAAGCCUCCAUAUAAUGGAAGCUCUGCUCCAGCAUCAGCCUCCAGUGCCAUAAGCCUGGCACCCCCAUCAAGCGCAUCCUCAGCCGACCCACUGUCUCCUCCCCUUUCUGCGUCCCCACGGGACAAACAACAGGGCACUCCUACCACCACCUCAUCCACCUCAUCUUCAUCUUCUUCAUCAUCAUCCACUACUUCUUCGACCUCUUCCUCCUCUUCGCUGCUGUACUCUGGCGACCUCGAGGCUCUGCAGCGUCUGCAGGCUGGUAAUGUGGUGCUGCCUCUGGUCCACCGAGUCACAGGGACACUGGCCCCUACCAGCACAACAGCACCACGAGUCUACACCACAGGGACCAUCAGGUACGCACCAGCUGACGUCACCCUAGCAAUGGCACAGGGGAACCUCCUUCCCAAUGCCACUAUGAACUUUGUUGACGGUUCGGGAUUCGGCUUAGACCCGAAGACGCCAAUGGAGAUGCUCUACCACCACGUCCACCGCCUCAACAUGUCAGCGGCUGCGGCUGCCGCCACCGGUAGCCCGUUUGUUGGAUCUCCGACAGCCACUGGUAGCAGUAACGGUUCCCUGGGAGGCCAAAUGCCAACGGGGGCCAACGUUUUCACCACAGCCGAGGGACUUUUCUCCACGCUGCCAUUCCCGGUCUACAGCAACGGGAUCCACACCACACAGACCACUCUGGAGAGGAAGGAGGAUUAACGCAAAGCGCUCAAGACCGCAUUACUGUGUUUUCCCGAAUCAAUGACUGUGCCAACAAAGACUGCUCACUAGUAAAAAUAAUAAUAAUAAUAAUAAUAAUAAAUUAAUACAUUUGUACCUGUUUUUUCUUGAUUAGACACGGUGUAGCACUGUGUUCCUCAGAGUGGAAACUGGACAGAUAAAGGACGACUGGAGCACUUUGAAUCUGAGCUACUGAGCUUGUGAAAACCCCUCAUCCAUCCUUUUCUACCUUUUUUCUCUCUUUAUGUCCUCUUUUCUGUCUCUGUCUUUCUUUCUUUGCUCCUCUUUGUUGCAAUCAGGCAACACCUUUCUCCUGAUAAAGCGACAGACUAUUCCUGUAAAGAAUUCCUUUUCUGCCUAAAGAGAAUUCAGAUUUGCCUAAGGACUCUUGUCAGAGCCUGUAGCAGUGGAAAACUUUUUCUUAUUCCACUUGUUUCUGUCACAGAUUGUGUGUAUUUAACCUUGGACGGUAACAGGGAUCCGUAGCGGAGCAGGAAAUUCUCUUCCUCUCGACGUAUCUUGAUGUGAUCAAGGCUUGAAAAGACAAGAGAGGAGAGGUUUCACAACAAAGGCCUCAGAGAUAAUAAUCUUUUGAAAAAAGAUGUUUUUUUUGAGGAUGUUUCUCGAUUGAGGGAACAGUUAAGAGUUUCUUUUUCUUUCUUCCUCCUUUUUUUAAAAAUAAAAUAUUCUAGCUCAGAUUUAUCUAACAAAUCAUAUAGAACAAAACUAAAAAAAAAAAGCAAUUCAACCGGGUAACGACCUGUGAAUUAUCGAAUGUUACUAAUUCCUCUCUUUAUCCCAGGAGUUUACUGACAGGUCUCGCACCGAACAUGACCUCCUCUCACAUCACACUUCCUGUCUCAAUCUCUUGCUCGUUGGCGUUCACUACCUGAUGUUUUCCAUCUACAUUUUGACAAAUUCAUGGUGCUACCGUCCAUCCGGUCACCCAGAAUCAGCUGGCUGGUGUGGCUGCUGCAAAAACCAACCCACAGCUUGUUGUUUGACGAUCACCACCGAUGGUUUGGGUUUUUUUUUUUUUUGGUUUUGUUUUUUUUUUUUUUUGUUUUUUGUGGAGGAGAAAAUAUUUUUGAGGACUGCCCUUUUUCUUUUUUGACCUUCCGGAAUGUCAGGAAAUAAGCAGGAAUCUCAUAUUCACGUACGACUCACGUAUAAAUCUAUUGUCCCCCCGUUUUUUUAGGACUUUCAAACUGGUUCAAACAUUUUUGUAAAUCAGUUUUAGUCAAUUAGACUGAGGAUUAUUGUUUUUGCUGCGGGUAACCAAAUGUAUUAAAAAAAAAAAUGUGUUCACCAGAAUAGACCAGGAGAUGAAAACAAUGCAACAAACACUCAAACCUGUAAUUUUAUGACGUAAUUAUUUCUGAUUCUUAAAACUAAACCAAAAUUAUUUCAAAAAUGUAAUAUCCAAAUAUCCAAUUUUUUCCUAAAUUUGAUGGUUAUUGAACUGAACAUCGUUGGUGGUUGAUCAGUGACAUUUUUCUUUGGUCUCGCUUGUAAAAGAUGAGCUGCUCAGCAGUCAGUGGUCGCCACUGUCUGAUUCUCCUCUUUGUGAAGGUUGUUUUGACUGUAGACAGAUCUGGACUGCAGGCAGGCCAGACCAGCUUUUUUUGGAAUACAUUUACUUUAGAAACUUAACAUGACUAACUAUUUUAACUGUUUUUUUAAGUGUUACUGAUGAAUGUUGAGGAGGAAUUUCUCCAGCUGCUCCUCUUUAAUCCUUUUGUUUAACAUCUUCCUCCUGAGCCUGCUCCACCUCCUCUUCUUCUUCCUCAACCGGAAUCACCUCCAUGAGAUUUUCCUAAACAAUCCACUUUCUUCCAUCUCAUUGCUGGAUCCUGUGAAUAAAACACACAUAUCAAGAAGGAGAUUGUAAUAAAGACAUUUUUGAACAAUCGCUCAAUCAAUCAACACAAUGACUACGAAAACAACAAGGACGGAAAAAAAAGUCACAUUCCUUUGUCUUUGACGUCGUUUCUCCUUUAUUUUUGGUUUUUCGUUUUCUUUUCCAACCUCCUUUGCCAAAAACUGAUGUUUGGUGUUUUUAAAAGCACUGUGAAUCUCCUCCAUUUGUAACUUUCUUCUACUUUUUAACUUAAAAGAGGAAAAAAUGGUGACAACAAGUAAUAAUAACAUUAUUAAUAAAAAUAAUGAUAAUAUUCAUAGAAACUUUCACAAAGCUCUUUUUUGAAGGUCGGCCGCCCCAUCAUCCUUAUUACCCUCCGUGUGGUUAAAGCCGUAAUAAUAAAAACUGUGUUACCGAUGUGUUUUCGUGUCAAAAACGUCUCUCAUGGCGACUCUCUCUCUCUCUCACUCUCACUCGCUCUCUCUUUCUGUCUCUCGCUCUCUGUGUGUUGACUAUAUGCAGUAUAUACUGAGCUACUGUAGCUGUUUUUGUCCUUUGUCUUCUCUGUGCUCUUUCUCUGGAUUGGUGAAGAGGAAGAUGGGCGGGGCUUAGAUGGAGAUGGGCGGGGUCUAUGUGAUGGACAACAACUGUGGUGCAGACAUCUUUACUUGGUUAUUACAUCCCUGAGGCCAUGAGCUGGUAGAUGAUCCUCAUGACAAACUCAGGAGAGUCUGAAAUAUCAGUAUUAACAGUAUUAGUCCAGUUAUGUCUCUCUCAUUCAAUCAUUUGAACGGAUUUCCAUUUAAGGCUGUUUGAAAUUGUGAUGUUUGCUCUGAUGUCAGAAUGGAUCAUUUACGAUGGUUGAAUAAAAACCAGAUCAAAUAAACGGCAACACAGCUCAACAAUUGACAAACUUGUCAAAGCUGUCGGAGACGCCUGAGAGACCUGUCUCAACAUGAUGUAGUUGUCAGUUUGAAUGACUAGUCGUUACUUCCAGUCUGUGUUUACCAUUCAUGGGCGUCUCAUCAGCAGUUAAUACUUCAGUCUUUGAUGCCGGGCUUUCAGUGUUUGACCACAUGUCUUACUCUUGGAAGAAACAUUAUUUUAAAAAAUAUGUCAUAUUUACAACUAAUUACUGGGUAGUUAUUUUUUCCACAAUAAUGUUAAUGAACAUCACUCAGAUAGAAAGAAGACUGAUUUCCACAUUGAUUUUCACCUUAAUGCUUCUUUUUUUUAACUAAGAGAGUCGACCCCUGGUGGUUAACAGUUACCUUUGUCUCAGUAGGUUUUAGUUUUAGAACUAAAUCAGUUUUUUUUCUGUACAGUACAUUCAUUCAAUCAAGAAGACAGUCAUUUGGCAUUUCUGUAUACAGUACAUUGAACAAAAAUGCAAUUUGGUCAUUUAAAUUUCAAAGGUAUUUUGAAACGACAGCAAGUGUGCUUCAGAUGUAGAGAUGUCUGCCCUCUGGUCCUUCUCCAAAGAAGCCGGAUUGUUGAAAAGACAGACAUCCCUCUUCCUCUCCACCUUCUCUUUCUCCUCCUCUCCACCUUCUCUUUCUCUGUCUUCCUCUAUCAGCAGUCUUAGUGAAACCAGUGGAGGUUUGUGGACUUUUUUUCUGUGUUCGGUGGCCUUUGCAAAAAAAAAGAAACAGUCAAAAAAUUUAAAAAACAAAAAAAAAAAAUGGGUUAAAACCUUUGUGGAGUCCACCCUUUUUUCUGCUGCUUCCUCUUCGUCUUUGUAAAAACCUUUUCUUUACUGUUUCUUUUCUCUGUUGCUUUUCGCUGUUGUGUAGUCUGAAACGAAAACCUCUUUAUCUCGCUCUCUUGUCAGAGACGAAAGACUCUUUAACUAGCUCAAGGUCUACGGAGCCAUGUUUUUUUUCUUCUUCUUUGCCUCUAAGGAAUUCUGGGAAUUGCAGUUUCUAGCUCUCACGCACAAGUUAUUAGGAAACUAAUAAAUGUAAUGAUAAUACGCUGAAGCCUAAACUGUAGCAUUUGUUGAUGUACUAUAAUUCUGGAAAAGUUAUGAUGAAAAAAAAAAGUGAAACAUUUCCCAGAGUCCUUUGGGGCUUCCUGUGUGCAUUGGGUGUAUUUCGUUGGUUCCCACCUAAAACAACUUGUUGACUUCCUGUGGAAACAAGUGGUUCAUGGAGGAAAAAAAACUACAUUUGAAUAGAAUCCCAGUAGAAUUUCAAUUCAAUACAAUUUUAAAGAUUUCUAAAGAAACUAAAAGAAGAAAAAAAUAUUUCGCACUACAAAUCUAUUUUUAUAGGUGUUUUGGAAAAAUAAACUGAACUGCAUGUUUAGUAAGUUCGUCUUCUGCGUUUCACGUGAUAGAGCCCUCUUUUUGGUUGUUGCUGUGUUAGUUUUUGCUCCAAUGUUUUUGUGGGUUUUGUUUUAUUGCCAUUUCAAUCCAUUGAGCCCAACAGUGGGCGGCGGCAUUCUUUAGCUCCGCCCCUUUACAUCAGGAAAACCAAUCUGUGGUGUUUUUGCUUAAAAAGCGAACAAACCCAGGUUAUAAACUCAAUCAAAUGUAUUUAUUUAUUUUCUUAUUUGCUAACAAUAUCGUUUUGGGUUUUUUUGUGCCGCUUGACGCAUUAGCUUAUUAGCAGGAGUCAUUAGCGGUUGAAUGUUAAGGUUUUUGUUCAUUUCUGUCUUUUGACAUUUUUCUACUUUUAUGUUUUUGCUUGAAAGGGUCUGUUGGGGGCGAGGCAAUGUUAGUUCUGGAACAAAACAAUAGGGGGGAAUGUUAUACAAAGGGAGCAGGGCAUACACACACACACACACAAACACACACUCAGCCAAAACCAGGAAAUACACCCACAUGUAAGGAAAAAAUGCAAACAGCUGAGUGUGAAGCUGUUUCAAUGUCUUUUUGUGUUUUAUGUUGAAAAAUGAAAAACUUUUGCUGGUGAUUUAAAAAAAAAAAAAAAAACUUUAAUCGCAGCUGCUGUUGAAAAUACAUGGUGUUUAAGAAUUGCAAAUAUUGAAGAAUCACUUCAUUUACCUGUGAAAGAAACUGUGUCUGUGUUUUUAACUAUUUCUUGUACAAUUAUACAGAUUCUUUUAUGAGGAACUUGGUGCCAAGUAGCGAAAUACGGGAGAGAGGGAAUCUCUUAUUAUCAAUGUUAACAGUGUAAUAAAGUUCUAAAUACAAACAAAUUAAAAUAUUAAAAAAAAAACAACUAUGGUACAUUUUAUUUUCCUUUUAUGUCUCUUACACAGAGCGAAACACUCAACUAACUGAUGCUAACUUUGAGUGCCUGGUUUAAUUUGAUUGUUGUUAUUGAUGAGUUGAUCAUUAAAACACGCUUCAUGAGUAUUACUGCAACUCUGUGAAAACUGUACAUAUUUAAUUUUUACUUGUUCUUUUCUACGUUAACUCAUCCGUACAAAUAAACAGCUCACGCUCUUUUCUGUAACUACUUUAUUUUUUUUACUUUUACAUCUUACAGGUGCCAUAUUCAUAAUAAAACAAGUUCUCUGGA